UUCUUCUGUAACUCCUAUAUACAGACUUGACACAUAUAUGUGUUGAUAACAUCUCGUUCUACGAGACUAACCAUGAAACUCUUGUCUUCCUAGCUAAGAUUUUUUGCUUCUUCUUUUUUACAUGGCAUCUCAGUCAUAGAUCUGUUGGUCAACCUAACCAUUGAAAGCUUCAAUUUUCUUUUCUGGGAAAUUGUGGUUAAUCAUCAUCGAAAUCUCCGAGGGACGAGCCAUGAAGUAAAAUAAAACAAGAAGCGUUGAAAUGUAUUUCUCUGGCUUGUCCAACGACGAAAUGUUGUACGAGAAACGUUUUGAAACGUAUGAAGAAAGUUCUAAGCAGAAUCAUAUUAGAAUGGUGACUCUAUUUGGGCAGCAGCUUUCAUUUCAGGUGUAUACCGCAAAAGAGGAAAGCUUUGUAUUUCCCUUGAGGACUGAAGCAUAUGGCACAAAUUUGUUUGGCAAGAAAAGUGAGAAAGUGAAUAUCUCAAAUGAAUCGUCAUGUUUGCUGGAUCUUAACGAAACCCCGGCUAAUGAGCCAGUUUCCAAGGAUCAUCAAUGCUUCUUCCAAGAUUUGAACUUUCCAUACAUUGAGGAGACAAAAAUGAGCUGUGAGAAGAGUGGGUUAGAUGGUGACCAUGAAAAAGAUUGUGCAGCAUCUCCAGCUUCAUGCUGCACCGCGGAAAACAACACAAGGACUCAUGAUCAGCCACAAGAUUCAUGUGAGCUAGUCCAAAAUGCAGCUGAAUGUUUACUCCGAAUUUCAGCAGGUUUGCUCAACCAAGGUCAGGACAUUUCAGUCAAACUUGGAUCAACAACCAUCAGCUCAUCUCAAGAUCAAGAAUUUCUAAAUAAUCACGAGAUGGACGUCGAAGAACCGAGUCGUUCUUGCGAUUCAUUUGAGCUACACACUUUGAGAAUAAAAGAAACCACCCCUGAAGAAUUCUGUUGUGUAUCAUCAAAAGCCACAGAUAACUUCAGUAACAAGAAAGAGUUUGGAGUCAAGCUGAGAAGAGGGAGGAGAAUGAAGAAUUUCCAAAAAGAGAUACUCCCGGAACUUGUGUCACUCUCUAGACAUGAGAUCCAAGAAGAUAUCAACAUCUUAGAGACAGUUUUGAGAUCUAGAGAAUACAAGAAGUUGCAGGGAAAGACUAAAGAUGGAAAAUGUAAACCAAACCAGAGAAACAACAAAGGUUUGACUCAGAGGUAUAUAGGUAGAAGAAGGAGACAAACCGGAUGACGAAAUUUUCCGGUUUAAUAGACAUUGCUCUAUCACAUAGCAGCUUCGGAUCAUUGAUUUAGUGAUCCUCAAAUUCUUUAUUGAACCUAUUUGAACAUGAUUUACGUGCCAAAAUUUAGUUAGGGUUGGUUGGUUCCGUGUAUUAGUUAAUGGGCUUAAUGGGCCUGUUGAUUAUCAUUUACAUUAGGCCCUUGGAAUUUCACUUACUUGUAAAAUAGUAAUAUUCUCCCUCUGCGCAUCCAAUGUACUUUCAUGAUUUCAUUUUCAA